GUUUGCACAGAGCACAUUUCGCAUAGGAAACCGUGCUCUUCACUGUGCUCCGGGGCUCGACACAAAGACAGUCAAACACCGACGCGUGGCAGAAAUGAAAUUCAACAAGUCCCUAAUAACCAGAAGAGACACCGCUGCAGCUCGGCAUCCGAGAAUUUGCUGCUGAAAUAAUGAAAUGCUGAUUUUCCUGCUUCCCCCCUCCUGCCGCGGAAGCCGCCUGGCAAGCAGGUCGUCAGCGACGGCAGAAAACCAACACGCGACCAGGAGCCAAAGGGAAACGUCCCAUCCAGAAAAAAAAUAACACACCAUAACUAACAGAGGGAAGGAGUGAGGGAGUGAGGCAGGGAGAUGAGAACGACAGAAGCUGUGCUGCAGAGCACACCUCAUCUCCUCUGUAGCUGGAGGGAGCGAGCGAGCGAGAGAGAGAGAGAUUCAGUCUGUGCCAAUUUUCUCCUCAGCCCCAGUGACAAAGCGAGGGAGAACUAGGGAAGUGAUAUUUCAGGAAUCUUAAAAGCUCCACAAACGCGUGCGCGAUUCUGAGGAGGACGGGGGAGAAAGGGAUCCUCGGCGGCACGUGAGGCGUUCGCGGGACAGACGGCGGAUGCAGGAGGCGGGAGAGCAGAGGGAGGCAUGUAGUCAGCGCUUCGGUGGCGGUAGGCAACCUGUAAUGUGCUGAUUGAAUGUUAUCACGGCAACGUGACAUCGCAGCACCGGCGGAGCCGCGCGCACGCAGCACGCGGGGCGACGCCACCACACGAUGGGAGCAGCAGUGAGCUGCCGUCCCCCCCGAGCCAUGAGCCCUCCACCUCUGACCCGGACGUGCUGAUCGAUGGUGUAAAGGCCGUCAUCGAGCUGCAGUCGCACAUAAAAAACGCUUUUGGUCCCACAGAGCUACGAAGAGGAGACACAUCUCAUUGAAAUCGCCUCCGACUGAGCCGUUUUUGUUGCUCCGGACGCUCCGCCUGACGUCCCCAUAGCUCCGCCCCCCCUCCCCCGCCGCCACCCACGAGGAUUAUGAGGUCGCCCUCGGCGCUCGUCCAGUCGCAGUGCUUCCUGUGCGUGCUCGUGAGCGUGUGCGCGCCCGCCGCCGUGCGCGCGCUGCCCCACGCGCUGCCGUGGCGCGUGUCCUGCCCGGCGCGCUGCGCGUGCCAGAUCAGGCCGUGGUUCUCGCCCGACUCGGCCCACCACGAGGCGCCCACGGUGGACUGCAACGACCUGCUGCUGACCCGGCUGCCCGCGCCCAUCCCGCCCGACACGCACACCCUGCGCCUGCAGAGCAACCUGCUGUCGGAGAUGGACGCGGCGGCGCUGCGCGGCCUCCCCAACCUCACCGACCUGGACCUGUCCCAGAACCGCUUCAGCCACGUGCGGAGGAUCGCCGGCGGCUCCCCGCUGGCCUCGCUGCAGUCCCUGCACCUGGAGGAGAACCGCCUCAGUCACCUGCCGGAGGCCUCCUUCGCUUCGCUGCCGGCGCUGCAGGAGCUUUUCCUCAGUCACAACAACUUGCACUCGAUCGCGCCUGGAGCCUUCGCCGGGCUGGACUUUCUCCUCCGCCUUCACAUCAACAACAACAGGCUCGCCACCGUCGACCCUCGGUGGUUCAGGGCUUUGCCUCGUCUGGAGGUGCUCAUGCUCGGGGGCAACCCCGUGGAGGCCCUUCCCGAGCGCGGCUUCCUGGCGCUAAAAUCCCUCCGAAGCCUCGUCCUCGGCGGAAUGGGCCUGAGAGGCCUGGCUGAAAAAGCCCUGGAAGGUCUGGACGGCCUGGAGAGCCUGUCCUUCUACGAUAACCUGCUGACAAAGGUGCCCACACAGGCCCUGAGGAGGGUCCCGGGGCUGAAGUUCCUCGACCUCAACAAGAACCGCAUCAAACUCAUCGAGACGGGAGAUUUUCGCGACAUGAUCCACCUGAAGGAGCUCGGCCUGAACAACAUGGAGGAGCUGGUGUCAAUCGAGAAGGCCGCCCUGGACAAUCUCCCCGAGCUGACGAAGCUGGAGAUCACCAACAACCCGCGCCUGUCCUACAUCCACCCAGAAGCCUUCCUCCGGCUGAGCCGCCUGGAGAGCCUGAUGCUCAACUCCAACGCCCUGAGCGCCCUGCACCAGCGCGUCAUGCUCUCGCUGCCGAGUCUGCAGGAGGUCAGCCUGCACUCCAACCCGCUCCGAUGCGACUGCCUGUUCCACUGGGCCGCCGAGGAGGCCGCUCGACCCCGCGCCGACAAAGGCCCGCCGACGGACGCGCCGGCGCCUCGGACCGUGCGCUUCAUCCAGCCUCAGGCCACCUUGUGCUCCGAGCCCCCGGAGCUGAGAGCCCGCCGGGUGAGGGAGGUGUCCUCCCGGGAAAUGUCCGCCUCCUGCCUCCCCAUGAUCCCCGUCAGCUCGCUGCCGUCCUACGUGGGCGUCAGGGAGGGAAGCAAACUGGUUCUGCACUGUCGAGCCCUCGCGGACCCGCGGCCUGAACUUUACUGGGUCACUCCCUCGGGGCUGAAGCUCGGUCCGUCCAGAGGUUCACCCGCCCCCUGCCUGGCGCCGAGCAGAGGAUUCAAUCACAGCGCCUCCACCCGGCAGAGCGACGCUCCUCCCUGCAGUCCCUCCAAACACUACCGGCUCCUGCCCGAGGGAACGCUCCAGAUCAACAAAGUCACCUCCCGCGAGGCAGGAUUAUACACCUGCGUGGCUGAGAAUGCACUGGGAGCGGACACACGCAGCGUCACUGUGGGUGUGCGCAGCCGAGAGAGGAAGAGGAGGAAGGCCGUGGCCGCUAAUUUGAGUGGAUAUCCACCGCUCGGGCCGAGCGUCGGGCUGGAGGCGAGGGAGGUUGGAGAACGCUACGCUAUCCUGUCGUGGCAGAGCGGGCGCAACCUCCCCUCCACGCGCUUAUCCUGGCAGGCCAUAUAUUCAAACAGCCACACGCCCACAUACAGCACACGCGUGCUGGCAGGCACGCAGAGCUUCAACCUGACCCACCUGCAGGCAGAGACGUUCUACAGAGUGUGUCUACAUCUGGGGACGGGCGAGGGCCCCAAGCGCGGCAGCAGGGGGCCGCGGGACGCCAGGAAGCCUCAGUGUGUCUCCUUCCGGACGAAGGACGGCCCGCAGUCGCAGCCCAGCCUGCAGCUGAGCCCCGAGAUGACCUCCACCGCCGUUACGCUUCUGCUCCUCGCAAUCAUACUGCUGCUGCUGGCGGGCCAGGUCUGGGACUCUGAGCUGGGUGAGGCGGCGGGGACGCUUCACAGCACCAUCCUUCAGGAAGUCAAAAGUCCCAGCGGCCUGAUCAUUAGUCAGAAGACAGAAAGGAGCUUCAGACAUCAGCCAAAGCAGAACGAGAAACUUUUUAUAUACCAGGACUUCUGAGAUGGUUGUGCACAUUCAAAGGGAGACAUGAAUCCUGAUACAGUACACACAUGCGUCAACUCUAGGCUUUGUGACUCACAGCUAGGAGACAGCAGUCGAACAUCAGAGCAGUGUUGUAGAAAGAGAUUUGUAUUUAUUUUAUAUACAGUAUAAAGUAUAUAUUGACAUUGUGUGUGUGUUAAGAUGUAUUAUAAAAUGCCUAAACCCUAAGCAGGGAACUCAAAGUGGACAAUGGUUCUCCUGGUGCACAGAGAAUGAACAAGGCAGAAACAAAUGAGCCUGAGCUGCUGAUGAGCGCUGGACUGGAACCGAAGAAAAGCCGAUUCAAUCCAGGGACAGAUAUUUUCAGAGGACAGCGACUCAGACCUCCAGGGUAAAUGUCACGUUUCCUGUCCCCAUGUUCCACAGACUAGAACAUCUCUUCAAACUCCAAACUCUUGAGACUGAUCCUAGAUGAAGUCCCUGCUUGUUUGGGCUCUGUAAGUCAAAGUGAUUGAUGUAAACAAACCUUUUGCUUAGCUUUCACUACUUUGGACCGGGUCGUCCUUUUUGCAGUACAUAUACCGUAUAUUCAUCAAGAUUCUGCACCUAGUGUCCUACAACCUUUCAGCAUAAAAGUGAUUUAAAAGUGAUCGUGUUAAAUUCUAUUUUGAGCUAUUAUACAAUAAAAUCUUUUUAAUGUA